UGGCAUCUGAUAAAAUUUCUGCCAUUUCAGGACCAAGUAAAACUGAUCAUGUUACGCAACCCAGAAAAACGGCAGGGUACACGAGACUUUCUUCGAGCCGGGUGAAGCAAUGCAAACCCUGGCCUAAAGUGCAGAAAGAAACGGUUCACGGUUGCUCCGUCAAUGCUGGAACGGCUUGGGAGGACGAAUAGGACAUUGAAUGCAAACGGAUUCCUGUGUAUUGCUGAAAGGGCCAUUCUCGUCCUAUCUACACAACUCUGCUUCUGGGGUCCACUGGAAACGAAAUACCAUGGCCUCAAGGGCAGGUGUCAUCUCGAAGGAUAAGCAGCAUAUUUCUGGUACGCAGUUAGGUACAAAUGAAGCGUAGGUGUCCUCCUUCCUUCUCAUUGCGCAGAACCAUCUGAAGUUCUCAAGGUUAGACUCAGUGUACCACAAAGUUACACAUUUUACCUUGCAACCCCGACUAACCAUUGGAUCAGGGUGCCCUUGGGUUGUUCCUGACGCCGGUUCGAAAGCAGCGGAAAGCAAACCUGAUCAAGCCUUGCGCUUUCGGCUCUAGCUGCCAUAGUAGGCAUGGAGGAUAUGAUCGGACUCCAGUUUGAAGCAUGAUUCCCGGCCGGUCGAGAGAAUCGCGCACCAAUUUGGCUUCCUCCGUACCCUCCCCAUUCUUGAUCUUCCAGAAUGACGAACUGUCUUGCGCUAUGGAGGGUGCUCGCUAAGUUUAUUCGGGUAGUUUGAAGUCCACAGAUAUUGCGGGUGACAUAUGUCAAUCGGCUUGGUGUUUGACUUGAGUUUGUUGAUGACGGAAUUCAACGAACACUACUAUAAAUCAUAUGAAGGCUAGCUGUUGCGCCUCGAGAAACUGGCGCGACUCUGGGUUUAAAGAUUGUUCCCAGCUCUACGUGCGUGCGGCUCCCUACUCAAAUAUCGAGGGCCGGAAUGUGAUGGCAGGGCGAGAAAAGUGCAGCGCAUAGUUUCAGUGCAGCAACUGAUGAGAUUGACGGUUUCCCGAUGGGAAGCCGGCUGUUGCGCCAGUUGACUUACGACCUGUACCCGAUUUGACUGCCGAGGCGAGUCAAAUUCGGCAGUGGACUGACCGGCACCUCCGUGUCGAAAACGCGGCAGACGCGUCUCAGCGAGGAGCGGUGCGUCUUGGGAUGCCCUCAGCAUCGCCUUCAUAGAUGGCCGCGUGAUGCUUGCACAACAGUGGAGAACUGCAGAAGGGUGGAGCUGCGCAAGUGUUUGUUCAUCGCCUGAUGGGACUGGUUGAAAAAAGCGCCGCACCCUCCGAGGAGGCUUCGACUGUGUAUGUUCUUUCUGGAACGCAUGAACGACGGCUUAGGCUUCAUGUCAUGAUGUCGAGCAGCGAGCGUCAGUUUUCAGAUCGUGAGGAAGUGUUCGAAUGAGGAAUCCUCGUGGAGGAUAUAAUAAUCGAGAUGUCGAUGGAUGCUACUGCUUCGAUCAAGGUGUUUCGCAAUCGCAAACAAUCGAUACCCUUCAGCUUUCGAUGCAGGAAGGAUCGGUAGAAAGCGAGCACGACGAGAAGCUGAUGCUGCCGCCGGGCGAGACCCUCGGACAGGGAUCGAGAUGAAAUCACGAGGAGAGUUCGAAAGGGGUGGGUCUAUAAAUAAGCAUUGAGCUCGAGCAAGACGAAGGAAUCUCGCGAGCCCGGGUCAGAUGUUCAUCUCCGUGUGGGUCAGUUGCCCAUCCGGCUCGAAGAGGUUAUUCGGGGAGAACAUGGUGCUUGUUGAGUGACAAGAUGAACCUCAUUUGAAACAGUUAUGGCAGACUAUCCUUUGAAGAUAGUACGCAUCGAAUCGUCAGCUUCGGACGUCCAACAGUUCGACAACCACAAGAUACGACGUUGAAUAGUCGCAAACAUCAGCUUUGGGAGACCCCGUCGAAGCUCUGUGAGAUGAGAGAGAAUCAUUCGUCAAGUUUCAAUAUCCCGCGCAGUCGAUCUUCGAUUCAUCACAUAACGUAUGUGGAUGGAGGGGCCAUACUUCUCGCCCAAAAGGUUCACGCGCUCUUCCAAGACUUCUGGUCCAAGUUAGCAUCGACGAGAGGCGCGCAGUCGGUCUCGCUCCGCGUCCCCUCCUUCGGAUGCCGACAUUCACACCUACACAGUUGACUUUGAUGUCUUCGUAGUCCUUCGCGGAGACAGCAUCUCGUCGGAGAUGCCAUAUCCGUCAACGGCUGGCUCUGCAGAAACCGGCAAUCGGAUGGAAGCAAUACUGGAAUUCUCUUCCCGUCACGCCACCCGAUGGCUCGAAGAAAAAAAGUUCCCAUCCCAGCCCCUUCGCAAAUCAAAACGAUCAAAUCUCCUCGUUCUUCAAGGAAUUGAUCACAUAAUUUAUCCGCAUAAUUCACUCCCUUCCUCGCACCUCACAGAAGAGAUCUCCCACGUCACGGCUUCGUUAGUUUCGCCGAGACCCACCUUGGCCCCGUGCAUGUUCGACGCACCGGGUUCAAACCAAAUACGCGUUUUCUCCCAGCUUCGUGAGAAACCCCGACUCUGGCCCUCCAUCUCUGGGGCUCUGUUCAGAUCCGCAUCGAGAGUGAUGCCAGAACAAAUCAUCAGAGCACCCUCUGUCGGUCUCUAGCUCACAUGCGCAUCUCAGCCCUCAAAUUUUAUAAGGCCUAAGUGGGCGCCUGUGGCAUGACAACCACGGAAUGGGCCUGGGAAGGUAGUCCCUUUGGUUGUGACUGCUGGCCCACUCGCAGCAAUCGGGCCCGCACUCGGGCUCCUCGUGACUCCUACUGCAAUUGGCAGCACAUUUGGAGCGACUUUCCUCGUUAUGGCUGUAAGGUUCCCCACAACAGCUUUAGGUACUGAAAGGACUGUACGAGCAAGUAUUUUGCAAGUCCUUGUGGCUCGCUUGCGGACACGGCUCCGGUACUCGCUAGAAAGCUGGGACUCAUCGUACCCUUUUCUCGUAGGCUCAUCAUGCCCAGACUGACACAUCUCGAUCCUUGAGUGACUCGAAUCAGAGCCUCUGCGAAAAUCUCAUUUGCCGAUCUCCAAAGUGGCUCCGGGCCCAACCCGGUUGAUUCCAUAAAGCUCGUCAUCGACGCGAGUUUCGUGAUAUUACGCACACUCCAACAGAUGGAACAGCAUCAUCACCUUUCUGAGCUACGGUGCUUGAGUGAGGAUCAAUGCCAUCCCAUUCCUUUCGGAC